CGCACAAUUACAGCACGCAGCACACGGGAUGUCGCGUUGCCUCGAAACGGACUUGGUGUUACGUCGAAAGCGCGGGGAUCCGGCUGAGACCAUGCUGUACUACCGUUGGUGGACUCUUAGCCCUCUCUACCCACAGUGCAUUUCCCUUGCUAAAAGCUGUCUGUCCCAAAUAACGGGCUUGUCAGUGGCAGGCCUAAAGCGAUCAAUAAUAGGACCGGGUUUGCCAUCACUGUCUUAGUCGGCUUGGCUUGAUGAUCCCAAGUCAAGAAAUCCCAUCUCUCUCUUACCGGUUCGAACAGCUGAAGAACUAACAUGAGCUUCCAGUUUCUUUCGCAUUACGCUGUCUCAAUGCGAUGGGCUGCGUUACCGAGGAGGGCUUGGAAGGAGGGCCAGUCAAGAAGUGCAAAGCGAUGUCAUAGACUGCUCGGCCAUAAUCAAGAUGACUCUCACAGUUUGCCUCCUUUACUCCGCCGGACGGUUAAACUAUCGUCUCAAACGCCGAGAAGAAGCGUUGCGAUCGCUUGUGGGCGUCGUAUCGAUGGCGAACGGCUCCUUCCCGGGGGAUUAGGGUGGGUAUAUAUGAGGAGACGACUUUUUGGGUUCUGCAGCCUGUCCGGUCUGCCUCGACAUUCCACCAUCUCUAAUUCACCAUGUCCACUACCAUACGCUCUGUGUUCAUCACCGGUGCCAACCAAGGUCUGGGCUAUAACACUGUGCAUCAGCUCGCGCAGACACCGAAUAUGGUUCUCUUCAUGGGUGCUCGCCGGAUGGCCGCGGCCGAGGAGGCCAUCACUCAGUUGACUCCGGAUAUCCAUCCCACGUCCCGCGUCUUCCCGGUCUACAUCGAUCUCGCCAACGAGAAAUCCAUCCCGGAGGCUAAGGAAACCGUCGCAGCGAAGCUGAAAGAGCUGAACGUCCCGGGCCUGGACUUCCUGAUCAACAACGCUGCCAACUCGGAGGGCCCCGAUAUUCUCGUGUUGACGAUUAACAUUGCGUCGACCAUUGCGAUCAAGGACACUUUCUAUCCGCUGCUCAACAAGGGCGGCGAGAUAAUCAACAUCUCUUCCGACCUCGGCUCGCAGGCUCUCCACGCAGCCCGCCCUCCGAUCCGCCCACCUCCGAAGCUCAAGACUUACUGCGCGACCAAGGCCGCGAUGAACAACCUCACGCUGCAGUGGGCGUUCGAGGAGGAGGAGAAGGGGACCGGUAUCCGCGUUGUGGCGAUCUGCCCUGGUCUCAACGCGACAAGCAUGGCCCACUUCAUGGCCAUCGGGAUGCAUCCGUCUGAGGGAUGCAAAGUGAUGGUCAAGGAGGUCUUGACACCCUCGGGAAAAAGCGGCGUGUUUUUCAACAAGGACGGCCCACUGCCUUGGUAGUCGUCACCCUUCGUAUAAUCUAGAUAGCCUAUAUUUAAACAGCAAUGGCACGCUAGUCCGGUAAUCAACCAGA